AUGAUCUUCUUCGACAAACAUAUGGGAGCUGCUGCUCUCACCUUUCUGGUGCUGUAUCUCUUCGCGCUGAUCAUCUGUAUCUACAUCCUUAUCCAACGGGGUUUUAAGACGCGUUUCUCCUUCAUCGCCCUCGUGUGUCUGAUUCGAGUAGGGGCUCAGAUAUCCGGGGUGGGCUUCUCUAUCCAAGGCUGGGAGCAUUAUGAGUGGUUGAUUGCCUAUUUGAUUCUCGGGGCUGAAGGGUACUUCGCCAUUGUUUUGGCAGCCUACCAUUUUGUUGCUGUGUUUGAAAGACUUGUGACUGGUGAUUCCUUUCUCCACCCCAAGCUACCUCUUGAACUCAAGGAGCGCAAAGGUCCGAGCGCUUCCUAUGACCGCUUCGUCUGGCACCUUCGACACGACGUCUCAUUCUACUUCCACUACUUGCUCAUCCCCGCCAACGUGAUUCUCAUUUUUGGAGGUACGCGAACCAUAGGAGUGGAUGAAGAUGAAUGGAGCACGUCACCAUUGGUUACGGAGGGAAAGAUCUUGCGUGUGGUUGGCCAGUCCAUCUUCCUUGGCGGAUGUGUCUUUCUGUUAGCCUACGCUGUGAGAUUGUGGCUUGGCAAGAAGCUCAGAGGAGCUCCUUUGACCGCAGUGCUGUUGGCUGGACCACCAUUGUUGGUCCGAGGAGCUUUUGGAAUUAUCGCUGCUUUGGUCAGCGAUUUCAACUACUAUGACUUCAACAACUACAGCGCCAGUGGCCUUAAAAUCAAAUUCCUUCUUGGAGAAUAUCUCAUGGGAACCACCAUGGAGUAUCUGGCGACUAUGUUUUUGCUCCUCUCUCACUUCACAUCCUUUAGCAUCCGAGAACUGGAACAAGCCAAUGAAACUCGUGAGACCUCUCGUUCAUCGCGAGAAGAUACGAUUGAGGAGCCUUUCAUUUACACGCCGAAGGAAUAA